AUGCUACUGUUUGUGCUAGCUCUUGGUAACAGACCAAAGAGUGAAUGGACAGCAUAUGCAAUUACACUACGGGUCUACGCCUUCCUGGCUGUUUACCUUCUCAUAUGUUUGUUUUGGCUAACCGGCAAGGCAUUCGCUAACAUUCCCAACAAACUGAAGAACAAUAGCGAAGGAGAUGCCUUGGGAGGCAAAUCAGUGCGCCUUCUCUCACACUUCCACAGCUCUCACAUUCACCACUUGCAUCUACCUCUUACACCUCCCAACGCAUCUACCAAAUCUUCCAUAGUUCAUCUAAUGUCACAAACGAGCACCCAAAGCGAUGGCCCACCUUCUGAAGUAGGUGCCUUGAAAAGGCAGCUGGCUCUUUUGGAGGCACAAAAUGCAGAGCUCCGCAAACUUCCAAUGGAAGAGAAAAGUGUAUGCCUUCAUCUUGAGGGUCGGGUAAUUCGCAGACUCGUCUGCCUUACCGAACGUGUCGAGGAUCUAAUCACAGAGUUUGAUAGACGCGUGACACUAGAUAUUGAGUUAGAUGACGAUGCUACUGUGAAUGAUCCUGAGGACGACAGGAGGUAUAGGUCAUACAAGAAACUAGCUACUUGGUGCCUGUCUGUCCGUAAGCUCGUACACUCAGUGGUCGAGGAUAGCGAGCUCUCUUGUAUAUACAGCAAGUUAAAUAAGGGUGCUGAUGGAGCAAGGGCCGACGAUACGACGCGACUCAAAGUCACCAUCGCUUCAUGGAUGAUGCAAGCUACCCCACCACCAAACCCUGUUAUUCACGGGCAGAGCAGAAUGGGCCGCGGGUUCAACAAUGAUGCAACCGGACGGCUUAUAUGCCCCGUAGAUUAUGACUGGAGUGACCCGGUUGUCCAACAAGGCAUCAGGGAUUAUCACCCUGAUUAUCGCGUUACGGCUCACUCUUGGCCUGCCUUUUUAUACGAGGACGAACGAUAUGACCCACUGAAUCCUAUAGACGGUCUAUUUAAAGGGAAAUUAUUUUUAAAGACAUUCAAAUACAUCUUCACAUCUCCUACCUCCGCAGAGCUGGACGACCAAGAGCCAACCAGCCCAGCAAUGCUUUCCAUGCAGGGUCCUCCGAAACAGCGAAGGACUGAUGGCAAGCGCCGAACUUCUGUGCAGCUUAGGUUUGCUUUGUCUAGCACAGGGUCAUGGCGUAUUGUAGACGAUGAGUUCAAUCAUCAAGAUUUCUAUGACAACAUCGUUGACUUCCUCGAACUUGCUGCGACAUCAGAUGCAGUUAAGGAAGUUGAAGAUCUAUUGCUUUGGUGGAACCGCAAGGUUUUUGGAUGCAAACAUGCAUCCGUCUAUCGCCCCCAAAGAACCGAGCAACUGUCUGUUGCUCGGUGUUCGAGCAGACAUUAG